UAAUUCCACUAAAUUCAAGGUCCCUGAAUUUGAAAAAUAUGAUGGUACAAAAUUGCCCAAUGACCCAUAUCAACCAUGUAUUGUCGAAAGAUGGUAGCAUAUGCUCGAGAUGAGAAGUUGUUAAUGCACAUAUUUCAAGAUAGUCUUACGGGUUCUACAGCUAGGUGGUAUGUCCAGCUAGAUAGGACUCAUAUUCGUUCUUGGCAAGAGCUUACAAAGGUAUUCCUUACACAAUAUCGGCAUGUCACGGAUAUGGUUCCAGAUCGUCUGUCUCUUCAAAGCAUGGAAAAGAAAGUAACUGAAAACUUUAAAGAGUAUGCACAAAGAUGGAGAGACGUGGCUGCACAAGUUCAACCCCCUCUCACUGAGAAAGAAACAACUGUUUUAUUUGUGAAUACCUUGAAAGCACCGUAUUAUGAAAGAUUGAUAGGUAAUGCAACCAAGAAUUUUGUCGAUAUGGUGAUAUCCGGUGAGAUCAUUGAAAAUGUCAUAAAAAAUGGUAAGCUCGAUGCGGGAGAGACAAGUGGAGUAAAGAAAGGUGGAGCUCCUAGAAAGAAGGAGAAUGAAGCUCCAGCAGUGAACUAUAUGGGGCAACAAUUCAGAGGUUUCACACCUUAUCCUACACCAGUAUACCAGACCCAUUACCCUUCUGUAAACCAUGUUACAUCCAUCCCUCAUUCACAUCAACCAUACCAGUCAUUACCACAACCAGCUUAUUCACCUCAUUUUCAACCAUCCUUUCGAACACCCACUUAUUCUUAUAACCGUCCUGUUGUACCUACAAGACCAGACUGGAGACCUAAUAGUAGUCCACGAGCCCCAAGAAAUAUCCAAGAAAAAUUCACUUUCGAUCCCAUUCCCAUGACAUAUACAGAUCUGUAUCCUCAACUUGUUGAGAAACAUCUGCUUGCUCCUGUUAUCAUUGAACCUAUGAAACCUCCGUUUCCCAAUGGUCAUUCCACUGAGAACUGUACUGCUUUGAAGCGUAAAGUGCAGGGGUUAAUCAAUGAAGGAGUAUUAAAUUUUGAUACCAGCCAACAAAGGACUCCAAAUGUCAAUGGAAACCCUCUACCAAAUCAUACCAAACCAUCAAUAAAUGCUUUGAUUGAUGGGCAAACAAGUUAUGUGAAAAGAAGAAUAGAGGAGGUCAAAACUCCUAUGGCUAAGGUGUUCGAAGUAUUGGUCAAAACUGACAUAGAUGUUCUGGGGCAUUCUAUCGAGAAUUGUCACCAAUUUCGUCAAAAGGUGCAAAAAUUGAUGGAUGAAGGUCGAAUGGAGUUUUACCAAGAGAGAGAAGAGUUGCCAACAUCGAAGCUAGAAAAACUCGUCUUUCGACCAGUGGUGACAAUUAAAGUUCCUGCCCCUUUUUCAUAUCAGAAUGAUAAAGCAGUACCUUGGAAGUACGAUUAUGGUGUCGUAGUCAACCCAGAUACUGCUAAUAUAACGGGUGUAGGAGGCAUAACCCGAAGUGGCAGGUGCUAUACCUCAGAGGCUCUAGAAAAAGCUAGAAAGGAGAAAGCCAAGGUAGGGGAAGAAAAUGAAAGUCAGAGUGAUCUUGAUGCAACACCAGAAAAAGAAUGUCAGAAGCCAGUAUCUGAGAGUGAAGCAGGUGAAUUUUUGAAGCUAAUAAAACAUAGUGAGUAUAGCGUGGUAAAACAGCUUAACAAGAUGCCAGCUAGAAUUUCGCUAUUGUCAUUAUUGCUCAAUUCAGAGUCACACCGUAAUGCUUUACUGAAGGUGCUAAAUCAAGCAUAUGUGUCUCACAAUGCUUCUGUUGAAUAUGUGGAACAGCUUGUUGGUAAUCUGACGAUUUCAAACUAUAUCUCUUUCAAUGAUGAAGAGAUUCCUCCUGAAGGUAGAGGAAGUACCAAGGCUCUUCACAUUACUGUGAAAUGUAAAAGUCAUAUAAUGGCUAAGGUUUUGAUUGAUAAUGGCUCAUCCAUCAAUGUUAUGCCUGUGACUACUCUGGCAAAACUCCCUGUUGAUGGAUCUUAUAUGAAAUCUAGUCAUAUGAUAGUGAGAGCCUUUGAUGGAACCAGAAGAGAAGUGUUGGGAGAUAUAGAAGUGCCAUUGCAGAUUGGCCCAUGUACUUUCAACGUGAAAUUUCAAGUCAUGGACAUCUCUCCUUCAUAUAGUUGUUUAUUGGGUAGACCGUGGAUCCAUAUGGCAGGUGCUGUCCCAUCCUCAUUACAUCAAAAAGUCAAAUUCAUUGUUGAAGGGAAGCUAACAUGUGUGGCAGGAGAAGAAGAUUUAUUGGUAACUCAACCGAUAAAUACUCCUUAUGUGAAAUCGGCAGAUGAAGCUUUAGAAUGCUCUUAUAGAUCUUUCGAGAUUACCAAUGCAACAUAUAUAGCUGAAGGAUCUAAAUUGUAUUCGCCACACUUAUCUACGACUACUAAAAUGGUAGUCAGACAGCUUACCAAGAUGGGAUGGCAACCUGAAGCCGGACUUGGGAAGAACCUGCAAGGAAUCACGAAGCCAUCGGCCAUAUAUGAAAAGAGAGACAGAUUUGGCUUGGGAUAUAAGCCAACAAGAGGGGACAGAGUAAGAAUGGUGAAUGAGAAAAGAGAUAAGAGGAUAGCUAAUCUUAAGGGAUAUGAGCCAGAGUCAGAGCCCAUAGUCAUUCCAUACCUCUAUGAUUCUUUUCACUCGGGAGGAUACAUUUAUUCAGAUUUACCGGGAGCCUCAAGUGCAGGAUUCAUGGAAAAAUUUUCAGAGCUGGCCAUUCAAAUGGUGGAUGAUGGAGAAAAGAAGAGUCGAAGUGAAGAGCUGUUCGUGUACCCUUGUCCUUCAGAUUUUGAGCUGGAUAAUUGGAAAGUUACGGAGCUGCCUAUUGUUUUUAAAACUUUGUUUGAAAACUUAAUUCAUGUUGAUGAACUUGAUAAUGAGGAAGAUUCAGAUAACUACACACUGCCUCUUGAUUUGUUAAAAUUAAUAGAACAUGAAGAUAAGCCAAUUGAACCCCACCAAGAAAUUACUGAAUCAGUAAAUUUGGGAGAUGGUGAGAAUAAAAGAGAGGUCAAAGUUGGUACAUCUCUUUUACCAGCUGAAAGAAAGAAGCUAGAAGAGUUGCUCCGAGAAUAUGUAGAUGUGUUCGCGUGGACUUACCAGGAUAUGCCAGGACUCAGCACUGAUAUUGUAGAGCACAAGUUACCUUUAAAACCAGGAUGUAAGCCGAUGCAGCAAAAGCUAAGGCGCAUGAAACCAGAGAUGCUACUGAAAAUUAAAGAGGAAGUGAAGAAACAAUUCGAUGCUGGAUUUUUAGAAGUGGCAAAAUAUCCUGAAUGGGUAGCCAACAUAGUGCCAGUUCCUAAGAAGGAUGGAAAAGUGAGAAUGUGUGUCGAUUAUCGAGAUCUGAAUAGAGCAAGCCCAAGGAUAACUUUUCCUUUACCUCACAUCGAUACUCUAGUGGAUAAUACUGCUAGGCACUCCACAUUUUCCUUUAUGGAUGGUUUCUCAGGCUAUAAUCAGAUCAAGAUGGCUCGAGAUGAUAUGGAGAAAACUACAUUUGUGACCAUGUGGGGAACAUUCUGUUACAAAGUCAUGCCUUUUGGGUUGAAAAAUGCUGGUGCUACUUAUCAAAGAGCAAUGGUGACUCUUUUUCAUGACAUGAUGCAUAAAGAGAUAGAAGUGUAUGUGGAUGAUAUGAUUGCAAAAUCUCGUGAAGGAGAGGAUCAUAUAGUCAAUCUCAAAAAGCUGUUCGACAGGUUGAGAAGAUUUCAGUUGAAGUUGAAUCCUGCCAAAUGUACAUUUGGAGCCAAAUCAGGAAAACUAUUGGGCUUUGUAGUCAGUGAAAAAGGAAUCGAAGUGGACCCGGAUAAGAUACAAGCCAUCCAAAACUUAUCUCCUCCUCAUACCUCAAAAGAAGUGCGAGGUUUCUUAGGGAGAUUAAAUUAUAUUGCUCGCUUCAUCUCUCAACUCACUUAUAAGUGUGAUCCUAUUUUCAAGCUUCUCAGAAAACAUGAUCCUGGAGAAUGGAAUGACGAAUGCCAAGAAGCUUUUGAUAAGAUCAAAGAAUACUUGUCAAAUCCACCUGUGUUGGUGCCACCAAUGCCAGGAAAACCUUUGAUUUUGUACUUGACAGUGCAUGAAAAUUCAAUGGGAUGUGUGCUGGGGCAAAGAGAUGAAACUGAUAAGAAAGAACGAGCAAUUUACUACUUGAGCAAGAAGUUCACUGAUUAUGAGUCAAAGUAUUCACCAUUAGAGAAGAUGUGUUGUGCAUUAACCUGGACAGCUCGAAGGUUUAGACAAUACAUGCUUUAUCACACUACUUGGCUCAUAGCAAAGCUGGAUCCUAUUAAGUAUAUCUUCGAAAAGCCCUCAUUGACAGGAAGAAUAGCACGGUGGCAAGUUAUGCUUUCAGAAUAUGAUAUCAUUUACGUGACUCAAAAAGCUAUUAAAGGGAGUGCAAUAGCUGAAUUCCUUGCUGAUCGUGCAGUCGAAGAUUAUGAGCCAAUGAAAUUAGAUUUUCCUGAUGAGGAUGUGAUGGCCAUUGAAGAAAAUGAACUUGUUGAAAAAUCAUAGAUGUAUUUUGAUGGAGUUGCUAAUGCUUUGGGUCAUGGUAUUGGGGCAAUUUUAAUAUCUCCUGAUGGAUAUUAUUACCCCAUCAUAGCCAAGUUAAAUUUCAAUUGCACAAAUAAUGUGUCUGAAUAUGAGGCCUGUGUUAUAGGUCUACAAGCAACAAUUGAAAAGAAAAUCAAAGUGUUAGAUGUGUUUGGAGAUUCAACUUUAGUCUAUCAAUUACGAGGUGAAUGGAAGACAAGAGACUCUAAGUUGAUUCGGUACCAUAAAUACAUCUCUGAGUUGGUUAAGCAAUUUAAAGAAGUUCAGUUUGAGCAUCUACCUAGAGAGGAAAACCAAAUUGCUGAUGCACUGGCUACUCUAGCUGCAAUUCAUGCUCCGCCAUCAACAUUACACGUUCUAGCUCCUCCUGGCCAUUCUCUAUGUGGGAUAUUUAGGGCUGACUUCAGUUGUCCUCCGUGGUUCUCCUCAAGUGCAAAGAAAUUAAUCAAGAGAAUCCUAGACCCCAAUCCAUUGACUUUUUCACUCCUUGUUACUUGUGAUUGA